UAGAAGACAAAGGCACAUCCCCAAAUCCCCUAAUCCCCAAAUCCCAGUUAGGGCAUUUUCUGUGUGUUUGAUUUGAGUUGCAGGGUGACAAAGAGUGUAGAAUCUGAUGGGUCGCCUGUUCAUAGAGUCUCUGAAUGGUCCUAAGAUCUUCAAAUGCAAGUGCUGCAAGGUUGAUUCCGCUUCUCACGACGACAUCAUUUCCAAGGAUUUUCAGGGCCGCUACGGCCGUGCUUAUCUCUUCAAGAACGUGGUGAACAUAUCUCUGGGGCCGAAUGAAGACCGGCAUCUUAUGAGUGGGUUACACACUGUGAAUGACAUUUAUUGCAGCUCUUGCCAGCAGAUACUGGGCUGGAGAUAUGAGAAGGCUUAUGAGGAGAGCGAAAAAUAUAAGGAAGGUCUGUUCAUCCUUGAGAAGGAGCGGAUGUUGAAGGAGGGUUGGUGAUGCUUUGAACAUGUAUUCAUGUGGAAAAGGAAGAGAAUGGAGGAACUUUGUCGCAGCUGGUGCAACCUUGGCUAAGGACAUCCUUUUGGUUACCAAACAAUAAAUUGGAUAAGGAAGUAAUGAAGACUGCCAUGUUAGUAGCUCAUGCAACCUUUGCAUGACACUGAAUGUAUAUUAGGACCUUCUAUAUUUUAGUUUUUUCUUUCUUGGCAUUGAAUUUUUUUUGCAAUUCUGAAGAAACUAGUUGCCAUCACAUGGAGUCACUAGUGGUGUCACGCCAGGUUUAGCCAAUUUUAUGGUAAUGAAAAAAGACUACAUUUUUACAGACAA